UUGUUGUUCUCGCUCUCCCUUUCUCCCCUCCUGUUAAACCAUGGCCCAUCGGCUGCGACUUUAUUUUGGUUCCGGUCGAAGCAACACGGCCCCAGAAUCAGAGAUCCUAGACCAAGAAAGAGAAGACGACUUUUGCAUGGCAUUCCACACUCUGCCAAGGAGAAACGGUCCUCACGCUUUUCCUCGACAUGGAGCGGAAUAUGGGAACGCUGGGCUGCAAGAAGGAGUGGGAGCACUAAAACGAAGUACUUCCAUGUUUAUUCCUCAGCUGUUGAAUAACAUCGACGCCCGCCCUACGAGAAGCUCGUCUGUGCAGAUCUCCCUUCAGCGCAAAGCUCUGAACGGACAUACCGAUGAGUGUGGGGCACCAGAGCCUCCUGAGGAGGCCCUUCCGUGUAAAUUUUCGGACUUCCGGGAGAAUUUCUCGUUACCUGCAAGGAGGCCUCCUUCAUCUCCAAGCAGCCCACGAGGAUCCCCAGAAGGGGAAAACCCAGAGAGUUCCUCUUCCUCCAGUCUGGCAGGGGAUGCAGGGCAGCCGGUCAAUGGAGCCAGCUCUGGCAGUCAUAGGCUGUUUCGUGCAAUUCCUUCCGAUAACCAGGAUGAGGCUGCCCCCACCACCGCCCAAGGAGCGGAACCAGGUGAAGCCGCUUCGGGCGUGAACCUAAGUGGAGUGAGAAUUCAGCAUCGUGCCUCCAGUGUCGACAUGCGUCAGGUUAGGCUGCUGCCUUUUGGGUCUGACUGUCCGAAUAAUCCUCCUGCCUCUGAACCGAGGCGAUGGUCUUUGCAGCACGUGCCCGACGUGUCAGCGAGUACCGGGAAAAGGUGUUUUGUUUUCCAGCUGCAACAGCCUCAAGCAAACGCUCCGAGCCCCGGUAGUGAUUGCAAUUUCGGUUUCACCGGAACCAAGGGGGACAGGUUGGUUAGGUAUCCCCGGAUUAGGCUGGAGAGGAGCACCUCUUAUCCCGUCCAGCCGCGACCGCUACAGAUUACUCCCACCGAAGAUGGCAUAAGUUCAGCAACUCUUAGCAGUAGCAGUAAUGGGCCUGAAAUCCACAGGAGUAAUUCAGUAGAGAGGAUCCCGCAGGGACCAGGCUGUAUGUUUAAGAUCAGGCCAGAUCAAAACUCAAGGCAACAGCAUUUUAGAAUUCUUGUCACCCGUGGCUCCGAAGAACCCGAGCGAGCCGCAGGGGAGGGUAGUUCCGGAGAUCCUGCCACUUCGGUAGUGAGUGCUCCGACGAGAGACGACUUCUUGGGGCAGGUGGACGUGCCUCUUAAUCAUCUACCGACAGAAGACCCAACCAUGGAACGACCCUACACCUUUAAGGAUUUUCUCCUUAGGCCAAGGAGUCACAAAUCCCGGGUAAAGGGCUUCUUGAGAUUGAAGAUGGCCUACAUGCCGAAGAAUGGAGGACAAGAUGAAGAAAAUAAUGAACAAAGGGAAGAGUUGGAGCACGGGUGGGAGGUCGUUGACUCCAAUGACUCAGCUUCCCAACACCAGGAGGAAUUGCCCCCACCACCUCUUCCCCCCGGAUGGGAAGAGAAAGUUGAUAACUUGGGGCGAACUUAUUACGUCAACCACAACAACAGGACUACCCAGUGGCACCGACCAAGUUUAAUUGACGUGUCUUCUGAAUCGGAUAAUAAUAUCAGGCAGAUAAAUCAGGAAGCAGCCCACAGACGAUUCCGCUCUCGUAGACACAUCAGUGAAGAUUUAGAACCUGAACCUGCAGAAGGUGGAGAUGCUCCUGAGCCCUGGGAAACCAUCUCAGAGGAAGUGAACAUAGCCAGUGACUCUAUGAGUCUGGCAUUGCCACCACCUCCUGCUUCUCCAGUCUCUCGGACCAGUCCUCAAGAGCUGUCAGAGGAAUUGAACAGAAGACUUCAGAUCACUCCGGAUUCUAAUGGGGAACAAUUCAGUUCUUUAAUUCAAAGGGAACCUCCUUCAAGACUGAGGUCAUGCAGUGUAACAGAUACGGUGGCUGAACAGGCCCAUCUACCCCUGCAGAGUGUCCCAACUAGGAGAGCUCGUUCUUCAACUGUCACAGGUGGUGAGGAGCCAACGCCAUCAGUGGCCUACGUACAUACUACGCCGGGACUACCUUCAGGCUGGGAAGAACGGAAAGAUGCUAAGGGACGCACGUACUAUGUCAAUCAUAACAAUCGAACCACAACUUGGACUCGACCUAUCAUGCAGCUUGCUGAAGAUGGUGCUACCGGGUCAGCCGCAAACAGUAACAACCACCUAAGUGAACCACAGAUACGUCGGCCUCGUAGCCUCAGUUCACCCACAGUAACUUUGUCUGCCCCCCUGGAGGGUGCCAAAGAUUCUCCCGUUCGCCGAGCUGUGAAGGACACCCUUUCCAAUCCACAGUCCCCACAGCCUUCACCUUACAAUUCUCCAAAGCCUCAGCACAAAGUGACACAAAGCUUCUUGCCACCUGGUUGGGAGAUGCGGAUUGCUCCAAAUGGCCGGCCCUUCUUCAUUGAUCAUAAUACAAAGACGACCACAUGGCUGAUACCCAGCAGAGUACUGAUCACACGGAGCUGUACUGAUGUUGAAGUUACUGGUGAAGAGGCAGAGAAUGGGGGCAACCAGCCAUGCUCUCUGCUCAGUUCGGUUAGAAACACAGCAUCAAAAGAAGAUCCACGACUGAAAUUUCCAGUACAUUUGCGAUCAAAAGCAUCUUUGAACCCUAAUGAUUUGGGCCCUCUUCCUCCUGGUUGGGAAGAAAGAAUUCACUUGGAUGGACGAACGUUUUAUAUAGAUCAUAGAAGCCAGGUGUUGAUAUGUGGAGACAUUGAUACCAGAGACAUAGUGCCUUCCUACGAUAGUAAAAUUACUCAGUGGGAAGACCCAAGACUGCAGAACCCAGCUAUUACUGGUCCAGCUGUUCCCUAUUCCAGAGAGUUUAAACAGAAAUAUGACUAUUUUAGGAAGAAGUUAAAGAAACCAGCUGAUAUUCCAAAUAGAUUUGAAAUGAAGCUCCACAGAAAUAACAUAUUUGAAGAAUCAUACAGGAGGAUCAUGUCAGUGAAGAGACCUGAUGUACUAAAAGCCAGGCUAUGGAUUGAAUUUGAAUCUGAAAAAGGACUAGAUUAUGGGGGCGUGGCCAGAGAAUGGUUCUUCCUAUUGUCUAAGGAAAUGUUCAAUCCUUACUACGGUCUCUUUGAGUACUCCGCAACGGACAACUACACACUUCAAAUCAAUCCCAAUUCAGGCCUUUGUAAUGAAGAUCAUCUGUCCUAUUUCACUUUUAUUGGAAGGGUUGCUGGGCUGGCAGUGUUUCAUGGGAAGCUCUUAGAUGGAUUCUUCAUUAGACCCUUUUACAAAAUGAUGUUGGGGAAGCAAAUAACAUUGAAUGACAUGGAGUCAGUGGACAGUGAAUAUUAUAACUCUUUGAAAUGGAUCUUGGAAAAUGAUCCUACUGAACUGGAUCUUAUGUUUUGCAUAGAUGAAGAAAAUUUUGGACAGACAUACCAAGUGGAUUUGAAACCCAACGGAUCUGAAAUUAUGGUAACAAAUGAAAAUAAAAGGGAAUAUAUUGACCUAGUCAUCCAGUGGAGAUUUGUAAACCGAGUUCAGAAACAAAUGAAUGCCUUCUUGGAGGGAUUCACAGAACUGCUUCCUACAGAUUUGAUUAAAAUUUUUGAUGAGAAUGAGCUGGAGUUGCUCAUGUGUGGCCUUGGAGAUGUUGAUGUUAAUGACUGGAGACAACAUGCUAUUUACAAGAAUGGCUAUUGCCCAAAUCACCCAGUCAUUCAGUGGUUCUGGAAGGCUGUGUUAUUGAUGGAUGCUGAGAAGCGUAUCCGGUUACUUCAGUUUGUUACCGGGACCUCCCGGGUACCUAUGAAUGGAUUUGCUGAGCUUUAUGGUUCAAAUGGUCCUCAGCUGUUUACAAUAGAGCAAUGGGGAAGUCCUGAAAAACUGCCCAGAGCUCACACAUGCUUUAAUCGCCUCGAUUUACCUCCAUAUGAAUCUUUCGAAGAUUUAAGAGAGAAACUUCUCAUGGCCGUUGAAAACGCCCAAGGAUUUGAAGGGGUGGAUUAAGCAGCCACUGCUUUUUGGGAUGUUCAUCAAGCAAGUUCCGCUUGCACUAUUACUAUUGCCUAAUUGACAUAGCAGUGACAAUGGCAGAACAGUUGCACAAUAUUGGUUCCCGGAGCAAACUCUUCUACAGUACAGUUGCUGAUGUUCAGAAGUUGGAACUCUAACCCGUGGAUAAUGUUUCUGCAAUUUCCACCACCAAUUAUCAACUGGUUGAUGUGUACACUAAUAACAUUUCAGGAGGACUUAUUCUAUUUAUGUUGUGCCUCUGUAGGCAAAGCCCUUAAUAAAUAUUUUGCAUAAUUUCUAAUGGCAAUGAAUGAAUGGAAUUAAUCACUUUACAGGUAUAGUAUUACAACUCAUGUUUACUUUGAAAAAUGAUUUAGACCUAUUUCCAAAUUUUUAUUUCAUUACAAUUAAAAAUAUCAUGUACUUGGAAAAUUGAGCUUUUUUUUAAAAAAAAAUUCAUGCCAGAGUUAACGCCAGUGACGUUUUCAUUUGGGAAAUUCAUCGAAGCCUUGUUUUCCCCCAUCAUAUUCAAAACAGUAGACCAACAGUUUUCAAAGCAGUUAAUGCAGACAAAUAUGGUAAGAGAAAAUAUCAUACAUGUUCAUCUGACGCAAUGAUAUUUUUUCACACCUCAGAUGAUUGAUACCAACUGGAUAUUGUGUUUUUAUAAAUUAGCAUAAUUGCGGCACUAUAAGAAAGAAUCAUAGACAUAGCAUGAAAAAUUUUGUGUUGACUUAAAAGGAAUUAGAGCAUUAUUCCUUUAGGGUAAUUACAUAUACUAUGACAAGUUGGGGGACAGGGUUGGACAAUUGUGGUUAAAAAAAAAUGCUAACCCUUGCCAAAUGCUGUAUAGUAAUUCUUCUAUUAUCUUUCUUCUUUACUGUUUGUAGAGGAGGCAUUUUAAAUGAAAACUGGCACUGCUUGAUUUGAAACUGUGGAAACCGGAUCUCUUUUGUCUCCGAUUUGUAUGCAUUUGCUAUUGGUAGCUAAAUAACCAAUUUUUUGUUCUAACUGCACCAACUCUGAAGGCACUUUAUGUAACACAUGGCAGUCAUAUGUUUGUUUUUUUAUCAUAAACAUUUAAUGUGAUGAUUAUUCCUUCUCGCUGCACAUGUCUUUCUGGUGCAAUAUCUAUAUCAAUUGUGGAUGUGGCUGCUGCUGAUGUGUAAAAGACCCAGAUGUAGAGCUGAGCCUGCAGACCUGUUCUCACCGAUUGUUUUGUGAUUUUUAUUCAGCCACCAGGAUUUAUUUAAUAUACACUUUAUCUAACCAAGUUUUGUUACCUGUGACAUGUUGCAUGCUUAAAAUCUAUAUAAUGCCUGAUUUGUAUCUGUUGUGUGAUAGAUUAAAGGUGAAAGAGAAGACUUGUAUCUGA